AUGUCUUCAGAUCCAAGCAGCGAAGCCAAUACAAACAAAGAGGCAGCUCUACCCAGCAGUGCUAUAGACAGUGAAUCCAACGCUGUUGAACCUCCCAAGCCUGAGAUCACAAAGCCCACGGGUCCUCCUCCACCUCCCAAUGGUGGGCUCACAGCAUGGCUUCAGGUCGCUGGGGCCUUCAUGAUCUUCUUCAAUACUUGGGGACUGAUAAAUACCUUUGCUGUCUUCCAAACGUACUAUGAAUCGGGGGCCUUGUUCACUCAGUCCUCUUCCAACAUCGCCUGGAUCGGAUCUAUCCAAUGCUUUCUCCUUCAGUUAACUGGCAUCGUCGCGGGCCCUAUCUACGACCGAGGCUACCUUCGCUUACUUCUCCUUACCGGUAGUUUUCUCAUUGUAUUUGGCUAUAUGAUGCUCUCCCUUUGCAAGGAAUACUGGCAAGCAAUGCUAGCACAGGCUCUCUGUGUUGGGUUCGGCAGCGGUCUGCUUUUCACACCGACUGUCUCGCUACUCCCGACGUGGUUCAGUUCGCACCUCGGCCUGGCGGUUGGCAUUGGUUCUUCGGGUGCAUCGCUUGGUGGUGUCAUCUACCCCAUUGUGCUCUAUCGACUCAUCGACCACAUCGGUUUUCCUUGGGCUGUCCGAACCGUCGCCUUCAUUGCGCUUGGAACAUUCAGCAUCCCUGUGAUUGUCAUGAAGCAGCGCAUACGUCCGCCAAAGCCUCGCGCUGUCAUCGAUUGGGCUUCAUUUACCGAUACACCCUAUAUUAUCUUCGCAUUAGCCGUCCUCAUUGUGUUUAUUGGUAACUCGGUGCUCAUCUUCUACAUCUCCUACUACCCGAUCAACAAGGGAUUCACGGAUAGCUCAUUGGGAUUCUACAUGGUAGCGAUUUUCAACGCAGCGUCAAUCUUCGGUCGAAUCGCCCCCAACGCACUAUCUGAUCGCAUUGGGGUAUUUAAUACAUUUGCGCCUAUGGCUCUUAUUCUGAGCGUUACAGUCUUCUGUAUGCUCGGUGUCACCAACACGGCGGGCAUGGUAGUAGAGGCCGUGAUAACAGGAUUUUUCAGCGGUGUUAUUGUGGCGUUACCGCCGGUAUGCUUCGCUAUGCUUACGCCUAACAGGGCAUUGAUUGGUACACGCGUUGGGCAGGGCUUUGCCAUUGGAGGUCUGGGCUUGUUAAUCGGCGGACCAAGUGCUGGUGCGAUUCUCGGGACGACUGGCUCCCUCAAUUGGACUGGUCUUUGGGUAUACGGAGGUGUAACCAUCGCUGCGGCUGGAUUCAUCAUCGUGUUUGUUCGCGUUCUGAAAGCAGGGCCCAAGUUGUUGGUCAAGGCUUGA